UUAUUUGCUUGUGUAGUUACGAUGACCUUACCGCCGGGUCAGAAAGUGUUCAAUAUUCAAGGACAUUGCCUGGAGUUUUGUACCAAUUCGCUACCAGAGAAAGGCAUAACCAUUUUCUCCAGCACGAUUCACAUGCAUACCCGUGGUCUGAGUGGCGUGGUGCGACAUUUGCGUGGUUCUCAGGAGCUGCCGAUCAUUGAUAUUAAUCCUACUUACGAUUUCGACUACCAGACAGCCCAACCGGUUCUUCCAUUCCGAAAAUUCUUACCGGGCGAUCGGAUUAUUAUGGAGUGCAAUUUUACCACGGAGAACGACAUUCAACCUGUCUUUGGCGGUGAAGGGUCCAUGGAAGAGAUGUGCCUGGCUUUUCUCAUGUACUAUCCAAAAGCCGGACUGAAAACCUGCGGAACGAAAUUCCGUGCUGCAGACUACUUGGCUAUGAUGGCACAACCAAGGCCCAAUCAACCCGCCUUCCUGCCUAAAUUGACUCCGGAAAUUGCAGAAAUCCUCAAGUCGGGUACCAGCGAAAAGAGCGAUGCUCACCGAUCCAUCGUGGAAAACAUACAGCCGCAGGCGCAGAAGUACUUCAGCUCGCGCACCUGGAGCGAAGAGGACGCGAAACCACUGCAUGAUUUCUACACGAGGGGCGUCAAUUACUGUACAUGA